GGUUUCAGUCUGUAUUGUGACUUCAGCAUAAACGGACGGCACGGAUGUGAUCGUGGCAAGCGAAUAAAAAUUGAUAGAAAGAUUCGAAGAUACAGUCGUACGGCCAACGAAUUUUAAUAAAUAAUUUGCGCCUGCGCAAACAAAUAAAAAAUAUCAUAAUAAGAGACAAUCGAGUUGCGCACACAGAGAAAUUCAAGUGAAUUUGAAUUCAAAGUGAUUGACGUCGUGUCGACCGAGCCUGGCUCCAAGUCAGAUCAUUCGUAUGCAAAAGUGAUCAAGACACUAGUCUCAAAUAAAAGCUAUAAAGCCACAAAUUUGAAUUGUGUGCUAGUGCCUCAAUCGACGAUUCCAUUGCGAACGCGUUUGGCAUACCAAAAAUUUGGCUUGCUCUACACGUGUUUGGCAGCACAUUACGAAUUUUACGAAUAUAAUUCUAUCACAAGGCCCCAUUGGAUUAAAGUUCACAAAAGCCAUCGAGACGCAUCGAUCAUUAAGUUUGUUGCAAAAAAUAAAUUACAGUAAUAUGACUACUGCUACGCCCUCUGACCUGCUGCACAUGGAUAAGCCAUUGCGUGCUUUCUAUCAAUUUUUCAUAGACUUAAUUGUAUUUACACUGAAGUCCAUAUAUUAUAUAUUGGAGUCUCUAUAUUAUACAAUAUUGCCACAGAGAUUUAGAAAGUUAAAGAACAUAUCGGGGCAAGUGGUGCUCAUAACUGGCGGUGGCGGCGGUGUGGGACGCCUGAUAGCUCUCAACUUUGCCAAGCUUGAAGCACGCAUUGUCAUAUGGGAUAUCAAUCAAGAAGCCAUCAAGACGACAGUUGAUUUGCUUGCCAAGCAUGGUUAUAACAAUUGCAAGGGCUACGUGGUAGACAUAUCGGAUCGGGAACAGAUUUAUCAACGUGCAGCACAAGUCACCGAAGAUGUUGGCCAUGUGGAUAUAUUAAUUAACAAUGCAGGCAUUGUUUGCUGCAAACCCUUUUGGGAGUUGCACGAUCGUGUCAUCCAGAAUACGUACAACAUCAACAUCAUUUCGCACUACUGGACAGUGAAGGCUUUUCUGCCUUAUAUGAUGAGUCAGAAUCGUGGUCACAUUGUGACCGUGAGCUCCAUUACGGGCAUGCUGGGUACUUAUGGUUGCAGCGAUUAUGCGGCCACUAAAUAUGCCUGCAUUGGCUUUCACGAAAGUCUGUUAACUGAUUUGAAGGCACAUGGCUAUGAUCAGAUUAACAUGAGUCUCAUUUGCCCGUACUACAUUAACACGGGCAUGUUCUCCGGCGUAAAGCCGCGUAUGCAACCCAUGCUGGAGCCUCAGUAUGUGGCGGAUCGAAUUGAAGGCGCCGUGCGUCGCAACGAGGUCUGGUGUGUCCUGCCUAACUCCAUUCGCCUUUUGACACCCCUAAAGUGCUUGUUACCUGCCAAGAUGUGCUGGGAGCUGAUGUCUCGAGUAAUACGUGGUCCUGAGUCCAUGAUGAUGUUCCAGGGACGUGGGCGAGUAGCCGCUGGUUAAUCAUGCUAAGUUUAUAUCACAGUUAUGCUUAAGUUUAAAUUGUUCUUAAAUAAAUAGUGGGGAUACGAAUCCCAACUAAAUCUAAUGGUAGUGAAAUGAAAA